AUGACUUGUCAAAAAUCAGAAACUUUAAAAAAUACUUUUAUUCUCAAACGCAUCAGUAAGAAUUCUCGUGCAAUAGCACGUAAUAGUAUCCGUAAACAUAAAAAGAAUAGUUCCAAUCAAACACCAAUAGAUCCCGCACUUAUAGACAAGCCUCCAUUCCCACCAACUAUUCCACCUUGUGAACUUGUUUUUAAUAGAAAUGCCACAAACAUCCAUAAAAAAAGUCCAAACGUUUUUUUUAUUUAUCGUAGAGCCUUCGUAAAACACCUCCAAAAAUCCAAAAUAUCGAUUAAAAUGACCGAACUUUCAAAGGUUGUCAGCUUUCAUUGGAAUUCAGAACCUCCGCACGUUAAAGAAGAAUACACCAGGAUUGCUAAUGAAGUUGAUGAUUUGUUAGAAAAACAAAAAAAAUCGAUUAAAGGAUUUCAAUUCGUUAACCAAACUGUUUUAACAGCUGAAAAACAAGACAGCGCAACAACUCCUUCAAAAAUCAUUAUUGAACCUAGGAAUAAAUAUAACAGUGUCAUUAAUGGUGAUAAUAAUAGCAAUAGAAAUUACAAUACUGGCAAUAAUUAUCCAAUCCAAGGCUGGAUUAACACUUUCAAUUACCACGAACAAUCAACAACACUCACUCCCUCAUCAACAAUGCCAUUGUCUCCUAACCCUUCGGAAGCUGAUUCAAUUUAUGAACCAUUUAUUAGAGAAGAAUAUAAUGAUGAUUUGAAUCAAAGUCAAGAUGAAUCUUCCUAUUCUUCUGAUAACUCUAGUGGUAUUCUUUUAUGA